CCUGGCAAACAACCAUUCAGCGAUUUAGUUGUUUAUUUUUUGGGCUAAUCUAAAAAGAUAACAUUUUCUUGAGUGUAUCUCGUUAGAGAUAAAAAACAAUCGAUGACGCCCGAUCAAACAUCGAUAUACAGAGUUUCAAAACAUGGAUGUUAUCGAUGUCAGCGUCUUUGUUUCUCCCCCCACCACUACUGAAAACUCCAGACAGCGUGGCGUCGCGCCCAUUUUAAAAAAAAGCUUUUUUAGACGGCAGACGAUUGAGUUGUUAUUUCCCGAUUUCGCUUGGUAAGAUGUUCCGUGCCCCAUCUUUGGGCCAUUUGGCCAGCGCUGACCAGGAAUUGGACCUCAAUUUGAUGGAGCUGCAGGAGCAAUUGUCCUGCAUGAUAGAAUCCAAUGAGAAUCUUUCGCAAAUGCCGGCUUCUGUGGUGUUCGAGAAUCCCGACGCUGUGCCCAGCAGCUCGCCCUGUGUUCUGGCAGAGAUUCAACACAAUUUCAGGGUGCUCCAACUGGACAAUAAUGCGCCACGCUUCGAAUUCCACGGCUUGGGUUGCAUGCAACAGCUUUCGAAGCGUUCCCGCCAAUCGGGAGGCGGCGGUGCUCCGUCCAAGAAAUCCAAGUCAGUUGGAGCCCUCUUCCUGGUUUCCGGUAAAAAACAGGAGCAACUCCAGCAGGAGAACAUUUGGAACCGGCAAUGCCGCCAGGAAGUGACCUCAGUGCAGCACAUUACCAUUGAAAGGCUGCGUUUGAUUGGUCUGCAUGGCGAUUGCUUGGAGCACAAUGCCGUUCUGCGUCUGAUGGAUCUGUUCAGGUCUUUGCAUGAUCACCUGAUCGCCGACUUGGGCUUUUCGCGCCAAAACUCAAUGCCCUCGGACUAUCCGUUCGAGAUGCCCGUGAAGAACGCAAUGCCCAAGAGCCUGAAUGUGCGCUACCAGCUGCAGGUGCUGUGCACCAAAGUGGACCGCUUCCUGUGCCACCAGCGUCGCACACUGGAGACGAAUCGCCACUUUGACUACGAAAAGUACACCGAAUGCGACAAGUUGCUCAAGGGAUCGGCCUCCUAUUUGCAGUGCUUCAAUCAUUUCAUGACCACCGAAAUGCGUCACCGUGGCGGGCACUUUGUGAACAGUUUUGCCAAGUUUAAUGCCCAGCGCUUGGAGAGUUUGCUGAUCGGUCUGCGCGAGUGGCUCAAGGCCUCGCAUCUCAGCGUGCACGUUUUCAACUGGGAAAUGGAUCUGGACCACCGGUAUUCGGCGGCCAUGACCGAAAGUCACAGGUCCUUGAACGAGCGGGCCAUUCUGCUGGCCGGCGCCGAAAGACAGGCAGCAAAGCCACGCGGACUGAACGCCGAGGAGAUGCUCAUUGCCAAGCGAUACCAGCUGGAGAACGUGGUCCAAUGUGCCGUCGAGCAGGACGAAUUCCUCACCGCUCUGCUAGCCAAUCCGGAGACCUACUUCCCGCCCAGUGUGGUGGACAUUUGCGGCAAAACCGUCAUCGAAGUGAGAAUGGUGGACGCCUGGAGUGAUGAGUUCGAGACCGAAAGCGGGAGCGAGAGCGGGGAGGAGUCCCCAUCUUCACCGCCAAGGAGCGAACGCCAUUUUUAUCGCUUCAGAAGUUAAUGGGAGUUCUUCUCUAAAAACAAAGAAAAAUAAUAGGAGGAGCUUACCGAGCCAGGGACAACAAAAUACCAUUUUUACAAGAAAUAUUUAAAAAGAAUUUUAUAUGCACAAAUCGACACACACACAUUUAUGUCUAAGUCAAAAAUUUAUUUUGACAUCAAACUUGCAUCAUUUUUCUACACAAACAUAUUACUUUGACCUAUAUUAACAUUUGUACAACCCAAGAUCUUAAGAAAAACGUCAUCGUUAAAGUUAAGCGUUAAUUUGUUAAUUUAAAUUACCUUUACAAGUCCGAAAAAUAUUUGUAAAACUCAAUAAUGUAAUAUUUAUUAUCUUAUUUCUUUUAUUUUACUUGAUACAUUUAAGAAUAAUUUUUGAGUGCCUGAAUUUACUUAAGAUUUGAUGUAUAUUUAUUUAACUGUGUUAUCCAAAUCAAAACGAAAAAUAUUUGAUUUUAAUAUUUUAAUACGUAUAUGUCUAAGUCUAAAAUGAUUUUGCCAUCAAAAAGGCAUUCAGUUUUACUUUAUUACAAUUCAAGAUCACAAAGAAAACGAUUUGGUUAAGGAUUUACAUAUAUUUGUUAAAAAAUGGCUAGUCUGAACAAUAUUUGUACAAUUUAAAGAGCCAAAAUCAAA